UAAUUGACCACUUACAUGGCAAACAUGACAAAUGUUGGCCUGAGGUUUGCUGGAUUGUAGAAAAUCCAGAUCUUGAACUAGGUAUACCUAAUUUAAUUACUUAUAGUAUUGUACAAUGCAAAGAUUUAGAAGAAUUUUUACGAAAAAUUAUGAAAUUACCAGGUCAGCAAAGUCUUAUAACAACGAUUAGAACUAGUGCUAAUAAGGCUAUUAAUUAUUUGAAAUUAAAUUAUACUGAUAAAAAAACAGACUAUCUAAAGUCUUUCGCAGCUCGCCAUGCAUUAGCAGUAUUACAUAAUAAUGUUGGCCUGGAACAAAGAGAGUAUCGACGUGCAGCAAAUGUAGCUAAAAUUGAAGCCCGAAAUCAAGCUCGUGCUCAAAAAAUUAUGAAUCAGAAAGCUUGUCUUGAAGGAUUUAAUUUUGAUCAAGAUCUAGUACCGUAUGGUCAAAUAGUUCAAAAAAGUUUAGAAACUAUGCAAUUUCAUCCUUCUUUUGCAACAAAGAUACCUAAUUUCAAGACUAUUAUCAAUUGCUCUCAGCAGAUGCCAAAUCGAGUUUAUCACAAUAAAGACAAAGAUGAACCAGAUUCAAAAAAUAGAAUGUUAGAUGCAAUUGUUAGUGAAGUGUUUAACUUUACAGAAUUCAGACCAAAGCAACGAGAAAGUAUUGAUAGUUUUACUGCAGGAAAUGAUACUUUGUGUAUUUUACCUACUGGUGGAGGAAAGACCUUUAUUUAUGCUUCUUCAGCUUUACUAUUUAUGGGAUUAACUGUAGUUUUUACUCCGCUAAAGGCAUUAAUGGGAGAUCAGAUGCAAGAGCUAGUAAAUAUAGGUAUCCCAUCGGCUAUAUUAUACGUAUCUUCUGAACAAUCACCUGAUGUUCAAGAAGCAAUUUUUUCUGAAAUUGCAUCUGGAUUUAUACGAAUACUACUAGUAACUCCAGAGAAAUAUAUAAAAAAUCUAGCAUUUUCUU